CAUUGUUUUGUAAAAGAGAUUAUGCUCAGUUUCCCCGAAAUCCAUAUGCCUCGAAGAAUGAAGUUUUUUCUGUGUUUAGUGGUCAUAACCUUCGCAUUUUUUGCUGGAUAUGCUCAGAUCAAUUCAGCAACCACAUUACGGUCUCCAGACACACCCCAUCCUUGGCCUGUUAGGAUGACAAAAAUAGAGAAGACUGAUUUUGCUUUAUAUGAUGAAAUCAAACAGCUGAAGGCCAAAGUUAAAGACUUGGAGGCAGGUGGACCAAAUAUACCACCUUGCAUCACCAGCUUCUCCGCCAAACUACAUGUACAAUCCCAUAAAGACCAUCAAGACCAACACCAUAGGCACUAUCAACAUGUUAGGUUUGGCAAAGAGAGUACGUGCCCGCCUGCUGCUGGCUUCCACAUCAGAAGUCUAUGGAGACCCAGAGGUGCACCCUCAGACAGAGGACUACUGGGGCCAUGUCAACCCUAUAGGACCCAGAGCCUGCUAUGAUGAAGGGAAGAGGGUAGCAGAAACCAUGUGUUUUGCCUACAAGAAGCAGGAGCAAGUGGAAGUGCGAGUUGCCAGGAUAUUCAACACCUUUGGUCCACGUAUGCACAUGAAUGAUGGGAGGGUCGUCAGCAACUUUAUAUUACAAGCACUUCAGAACCAGCCAAUAACUAUAUAUGGAGAGGGCAAGCAGACCCGGUCAUUCCAGUAUGUUACAGAUCUGGUGGAUGGACUGGUGGCUUUAAUGAACAGUAACUAUUCCCUGCCUGUCAACAUAGGCAACCCUGAUGAACACCAUAUUGAGGAGUUUGCCACAACAAUCAAAGCUUUAGUCAAGAGCCAGAGUGAGAUAGUCCACAAGCCAGCUAUGCAAGACGAUCCUCAGAAGAGGAAACCAGAUAUAUCCAGAGCCAAGAAAUACCUGAACUGGCAGCCCAAGGUGAACAUGAUGGAUGGUAUCAACAAGACAGUAGAAUAUUUCCGUGAGGAACUGGAGAGAUCAAGUCACCAAGGGCGUCACCUCCCCCUGCCUGACGGGACACCACCAGAGGCAGUCAGAUACUUGAUUGAACAUUAAAUCUCAGCAAUUGGUAGCUUUAAGAGUAUAAAUGUCCCAUUAUGUAAUGUCAGUUUCUACAAUCAAGGCACUAACCAAAAAAUGUAGGAGAGCAGGGAUAUAUUGAAAUUAUAUAACCAUAAAACUUAUUGGUUAAGAUUGUACACAUAUUAUCUCUACAUGUGUAGCAAAGAAAUAACAUCUUUGGUCAGCAGGUGACAGCUGACCAUUUAAUUCUACAGAUCUGAGCAGGUACUCUAGUUUAACUUAUCUUUAAAUAUACUUCACCAGUUCUGUGAUGAUAUGAAGCUGGUCAGAUGGUACAAUAUUGUUGUAUACAUAACUAGAAAUAUAAACAAUGGUACAAUUGAAAUUGAACUUUUGAUAAACUGUUAGACUGAAUUCCCACAGAUUUAGAUCGAUCCAUUUGGAUCGACCUAACUUCCUGGGGGUUCAUGCUAAAUUGCUGUCAGCCCAUCACGCAGGGAAGUUAAUUCCCCCCUUACAGCUUUUAGUAGGCGGGCCAGACUUUUAAGCAGGCUAAGUUGACAGCAGCUAGUGAGACUCCCCACAGGGAUAGAUCGAUCUAAAAUCUGUGGGAAUGCAGUCUUAGUUUUAACUUGGUUUUAAACUGGUUUUAAAAUCUAAUGAAGGAUGUUUAAAUUUCAAUAGGAGUUUGGUGAAGUUCAGUUCAGUACUGCUUAUUAUGGCUUAGCUGCCUGCUCUUUGUUCAUGCUCUAGGCUGCCAGUGUAUUCUAUCAGAGUGACAGAUUAUGCUCUGUAAUGUUGAUGUUCAUGCUCUAGGCUGCCAGUGUAUUCUAUCAGAGUGACAGAGUAUGCUCUGUAAUGUUGAUGUUCAUACUCUAGGCUGCCAGUGUAUUCUAUCAGAGUGACAGAGUAUGCUCUGUAAUGUUGAUGUUCAUGCUCUAGGCUGCCAGUGUAUUCUAUCAGAGUGACAGAGUAUGCUCUGUAAUAUUAAGGUUCAUACUCUAGGCUGCCAGUGUAUUUCAGUUAGUGUGACAGAGUUUGCUCUUUGAUAUUGAUGUGCCAUUUCACUGGAUGAGAGAGGGUGUGCAUUGUGCCAUUGUCUUUUGGAAAAAUCUGUGGUAAUAUAAAGUGUAAAGUCAUACACCAUUAACAUUCCAGGUAGAAUAACAGCUGAUAAAAAGCUUUAAUUAUGUAAUACAGCUAGACUCCAUGCAUAUGAAUCUACAAUUUUGCAAUUCUGCAUGAAUAUGUUGAUAUGCAUUGAGUAUUAGUGCAAUAUAAGUUAAAUUGACUAUUGUUAUUUUAUAAUGGGUUAUUGUAUAAUGGGUUUAGUACCAGUUCUUGCCUCCUGCCCACUACACUUCAGCAGAUGAUUGCAUUACCUGACCAAAGCCUGAAGUUGUACUCUCUUAUUUCAUGGAGUUCUUUAUUAUUUGUUCAUAAUUAUACUAUACAAGGGUUUGUGGUUGGACAACGAAAAAUGUGAAAAGAUAUCUCUGAUUUUGGUUAGAUUUAUAUUAGUAUUUGCAUAUAUUUAUUACUAUUAUAAACUAGUGUUUGUGUAAUGAGGUUAAUCUCAAAAUUAUACCCUCCAAGAUAUCCACUUCACCAGCAAGAUAAGGAAAUACUUUUGUCAGAUUAUUGCUGCCAGAUCCCACCAAGUGCAAUCCCAUAGUUUUAAAUGGUAUGAAAGAAAUAUCACACGGUUUUAUUUCAUUAUUUCCUUUUGUUUCAUAUUGAACUGGAGGGAUGGAUAAGCUGUUCAAGUUGACAACAAGCAAUUGCACUUUUAAAACCUUUUUUGCUGAUGGAGUGACUGAUUUGGAAUAUAUUUUAGCAUGCAGAUUUUAUUUGAGACUGGUUGUAGUACUGUGUAUGCAUUAUAGUGAAUGUACACAGCUAUGCUGUGAGUCUCGCUUGUUAUGCACAUUUAUCUUGAAAUGUGGGGGUUUGCCAUAGUUGCUCUGAUGGUAGUGAUUUUGGGAAUUUCAUUUUGUGCACUUGUUUUUCUGUUAAUAAAUUGAGUAAAGUAACUUAUUUCUGUAAAAGAAUAAAUGAUUCAAUUUUCAUUCAUAAAAGACAACAACACAGCCCCAAUUAAUACUGAAUAAUUAAUUUCUUUGUAAGUCUACCAGUUCAUUUUGUUGUUGUUUGGAAAUUGGAAUGCAUUUAGUCUGCGUAAAAUUUGUAUCCUUACUCCUCCUGCGUUUAUUACUUUGAAACAUUUGCUAGAGUUUAAUAAAUGAAUUUGUGCUUGAAAGUAGGCACCUUGUGCGGAAAGUAGUUACAGAUA